AUGGUUCACCUGGUCUGUGUCUCGCCUGUGCGUCUCUCGUCCUCAUCGUCGCGCCCUCGUCCGGGAGUAGCUCACCGUCGCUGCUGCCUCGCCCUCGCUAGUCUCUGCUUCGCCUUGCUUGGACAGCUUGGUUUCUCUCUUCUCUGCCCGCGUUCUGCAUCAGAUUCAGCCGGUCAGUGGCUUCGCUUCAAGUUCCCCAUCACCAAGUUCACUCACAGCUCCAAGUUCAAAUUCAAGUUUGCUUCAACUGCUGCACUUGCACACUUCAACGAUUCACACAACGAUUUCAGUGAAAGUGAGCAUUCUUCUUCGUCAUCAUCUUCUUCUUAUUGUAGCAGCAAUAACAUCACCAACGACAACAUAAAAGAAGAAAGUUUUCACAUUGUGAAAAGUUUGCAGAACAAUCCUUCUCUUGCUUUUUCAUUCUUCACUCAACUGAAGCAACAACAAUUUGUGGGGUUCCCUGAGAACAUUUCAACCUAUGCAGCAAUCAUCAGGAUUUUCUGCUACUGGGGCUUGAAUAGAAGGUUGACUUUCGUGUUCCUUGAUCUUAUUGCACUGUCUAAACAGCACCCUUCAUUUGAAAUCCAUGACUUGUUUGAGUUACUAUUGGAUGAUGGUGGUGUUAAUGGUGGGAAUCACAAUUACAUGCUUAGAGCAAUUGAUGCGUAUGUUAAAGCUUGUAUUGUUCUUAAAAUGUUUGACGAGGCCAUUGAUUUCUUGUCCCCAACUAGGAGGCACAGUGUUGUGCCGAAUAUCCUUACUUGUAACUUUCUUAUAAAUAGGUUGGUUGAGAAUGGUAAGGUUGAUAUGGCGUUGGCAAUUUAUAAUCAACUCAAGAGACUUGGUUUGUGUCCUAACCAUUACACUUAUGCUAUUGUGAUAAAGGCAUUCUGUAAGAAGUGUGAACUGGAAAAGGCAGUUUAUGUGUUCAAGGAGAUGGAAGAAGCCAGGGUAAGGCCUGAUUCGUAUUGUUACACGGCUUAUAUUGAGGGGCUUUGCAACAAUAUGAGUGAGAUGAAGUUGGUUGGAGCUGAGAUUAUGUUUUCAAAUAUGAUAAAGAAGGGGAUGGUUUGUCAGCAUGUUUAUUCAGCAUUGACCUAUGGGUACUGUAAAAGUCAUAAACUGUCAAAAGCUUUAGACCUAUAUGAAGACAUGCGUUCAAGAGGCAUGUUUCUUGAUGAGGUGGCCUACAACAUUGUAUUCAGCGCUUUGUGUAAGUUGGGGGAAGUGGACGAUGCAUUGGACAUGGUGGAAGACAUGAAAGCUAAGCGUAUGGUUUUAGAUAUUAAGCACUAUACAACCCUUAUAAAUGGAUGCUUCCUUCGACGUCAACUUGUUGAUGCCUUUGCUAUGAUCAGAGAAAUGAAAGAGAAAGGUUUGAAGGCUGAUAUUGUCACAUAUAAUGUUAUUGCCGCUGGUUUGUCUAGAAUUGGCUGGGCUCAGGAUGCAGUUGACCUUUUGGACGAAAUGGAGACUCAAGGUGUGAAGCCAAACUCCAUUACACACAAGAGGAUCAUCGAAGGUUUAUGUUCAGCGGGGAAGGUAGUGGAAGCCGAGACAUUUUAUCAGGUUGGAAGAUAG